AUCAGCUUGACCUCUUACCACGAUCCCGAAUUCAAAAGAAUUGCGAUUUCAUGGCUACAGAUUUCUGGGCAAGUUCACACUAUAAUUCCUUAGUCAACGAUGGAUAGUUGACCGAACUACACUUCGUCAAGCAAGAGUAGACGAUUUAUUGUACGUCGGCGAUGCCGAAUAUCUCGAUUUCUUGAAUAUCUACUUCGCAAAUGUCAUCUCAAAGCUCGGGAAAAAGCUUAACCUUCGUCAAAGAGUCGUCGCAACCGCGACGGUGUUCUUCCGAAGAUUCUACCUGAAAAGUUCAUACUGCGAGACAGAUCCAUUCCUGGUCAUCGCAGCGUGUUGCUAUGUCGCAGCAAAGACAGAAGAAUCCCCUGUACAUAUCAAGAACGUUGUCACCGAGUCAAGAAGCCUGUUCAGUCAACAAUAUGGAAUCAAAAACUUUCCAUCGGACAAUACGAGCACUUUGCAAGAAAGAAGUCAAUGAUGGGUCUGGGAAUAUGUCUUUUCAAGAAGUUGAAGUAGGAGAGGUUGGAGUCGGAAUUCCUACUGAUGAGGGACCUCGUUAUUGGGGUUCAGACGAGGCGAAACUGGAGUUAUCAGAGGGUGCUCUUCAAACUGCUUGGUUCAUAAUCAACGACACGUAUCGUUCGGAACUGUGCCUAAUACAUCCUCCUCAUCUCAUAGCAAUCGCAGCUAUCUAUCUAACAAUGAUUCUCCACGGCCCAACUCAAGCAACCAUCUCCCACCUCCUUCCAUCAUUCUCAGACUCGUCCCUCCUUGAAGAGAGGCCCCAGUCUCGACGACCGUCUCGCCAAACUCAAGUUAACAUGGUCAAAAAACCUCAGGAUCCCAUCACAUUUCUAGCAGGACUGAAUGUAUCGAUCCAACAUAUAGCUACGAUUGCUCAAGAGAUUAUCUCUCUGUACUCCCUAUGGGACCGAUACAGAGAAGAUAGUUCCCCAGACGCUGGCUCCUCUUCGAAACAUCUCCACCAACAACGACAGCAAAACGUGCACGGAUCUUCGCCGUUUAAUAACAUAAAUAGCCCAUCGAAACGCUCGACUGCGAGCCUCGGCACUCCUGAGAAGGACGAUAUGUUUGGUGAUGGAAGCAGUAGCGGUGGUGGGUACGGAAGUCCUGAUACGGAGAAUGUAGUGACACAGGGUUUUUUGACGAAGUUGUUGAUUAGGAUGAGGGAACAAAGGGUGGCUGAUUUGGCACAUCCGGCGAGUGGGAAGCCUGUUGUGGUUAACAAAAUGCUGGAGAGGACGCAAGCGGCUGGAUAGGCGAAAAAAUAAUGUUGUUAUUAUUUACAUUAGCAAAAACCGUUCCGUAUACAACAACCUCAUAGGUUCGCAUUACGAACAAAUGGUAUCUGGAAACCGGAAACCAACGCUCUCGCACGA